UGUCAAUGUCAUCAUUUUCAAACGUCAAAAUAAUGAGAAUGGCUUGAAUCGAAGAGGUUACAUACGUGGAACUUUGUGUGAAAUUGUACUUUAAUUUGAAUGAACGAUGGCCUCAAAAAGGAAAAACAAAAAAAACAUACUGGCAAAAGUGAAUUUUCCUCUGUACACCGUCCAGAUGCUAACGUCACGGCACGUUAUCGUAGGAGGCGGCGGUGGAACUUCCAAGACUGGGGUUGAAAACGGUUUCGAAAUAUACGAAAUCUUUCAUGACGGUCACAAAUUCUCAGCCAAAGAAGUUACGAGACACGAAACCGGAGGAAACGUAGUCAUGAAUUGUUGUGCAUUUAGUGAUAGGAAAAAUUCGUUUUUAGUAGCCGGUCAAGAAAACUACUCUCAACUUUACAAAGUCAAUACAAAAUUAAUCGAGCAUGAACAAGUAGAAACAGUUGGUGACACCGCAAGCGUUCGGCAUAGAAAUACCAAGCCCAAAGAACACGUAGAUAAUAAUAAAAACAUUAAAAAGGAGCUGGCUUUUGACCUGAAUCCUCUAGAUUGUAUACAAACUGAUUUUAAGGGAUCCGAACCCCUAUGUAGAGUAGUUAGAAUUAAUCACUCGGGAAAAAUAUUAGCUACUGGGGGAACUGAUGGGGAUGUAAGACUUUGGAAAUUCCCUACAAUGCAGCCAAUGUCGAUUCUAAAGGGACAUACAAAGGAAAUAGACGAUAUAGAUUUCAGUAAAUUCGAUAACCUCAUCAUAACUUUAGCUAAAGACGGUUUGGCUAUUUUGUGGGACGCCCAAACGGGAAAACAGAAAUCGAAACUGACUUGGAAAACUCCAGAGGGAUCAAAAUAUUUGUACAAGAGAUGCAGAUUUGGCGUUAUCGAAGAUCAAAAAAACAAGUGCAUGCUAUACAUGAUAGCGAAUGCGACUAAUUCGAAGCAAGCAUCGUUUCUUCAACAAUGGAUACCCGAGGAGAAUACUUUAAAAAAGUUCUCGGAAUUUAAUGAAACCCUGUCUGCACUUGCAGUGAGAGACGAUGGGCGAUUUGUAGCUGUCGGGACAAUGUUCAGCGGUUCCGUUUCCAUUCACAUUGCCUUUAGUUUACAGAAAUUAUUAGUAGUUGUCGGUGCUCACUCGAUGUUUGUAACUGGUCUGGAAUUCCUAUCUCACGAAAAUACUAAUCAUUCCAUAAGUAGUGUUGCUGAGACUGCUGUGUUGUCUAUUUCGGUGGAUAAUCAGCUUUGUAUACAUUCAGUGCCAUACAGACGAAGUAUACCUUUAUGGAUUGGAAUUAUGGUGUUAGUUUUAGUAUUAUUUAUUACAUUUAUGUUAUGUGCAUACAUGGGUUUGUGAUAUUAUAAUUUGUAUUAGAGCGGAAACAAAACU